GUUGCAGCUCGGUACAUGGAUGUGAGAGGGAAGAAAGGACCUGUUGGGAUGCCCAAAGAGGCAACGUGUGACCGUUUCAUGUGCAUUCAGCAAGGUUCAGAGUGCGACAUCUGGGAUGGGCAGCCUGUUUGCAAAUGCAAAGACAGGUGUGAAAAAGAGCCGAGUUUUACUUGCGCAUCUGACGGCCUCACCUAUUACAACAAAUGCUACAUGGAUGCAGAAGCAUGUACCAAAAGCAUUACACUCAACGUGGUGACCUGUCGCUACCACCUUACAUGGCCAAACACCAGCCCUAUCCCGCCGGAGACCACGGCUCGCCCCACUACUGCCUACUUAGAGACAACCAUCACUGACAUCCUUCCACCUGUACUAGUCAACAACCCAGCCCAUCAGUCUGUCUACGUAGGCGAGACCGUUAGCUUUCUUUGCGAUGUCACUGGACGACCCAAGCCAGAAAUCACUUGGGAGAAGCAGACCGAGAGUAACGAGAAAAUCAUCAUGAGGCCCAACCACGUCCGAGGGAACAUUGUGGUCACAAACAUUGCCCAGCUGGUGAUCUACAACACCCAACUACAAGAUGCAGGCAUGUACACUUGCACUGCCAAAAACCUUGGCGGGAUUCUCAAGGCAGAUUUCCCACUGUCGGUCCUGAAAGGAGAAGCUACGUCAAUGGAAGAAGCCCAGAACAAAACCCACUUUCCAACAGAUGAGUGUCUGAAGCAGCCGGACAGUGAAGACUGCGGGGAGGAGCAAACCCGGUGGUACUACGAUGCCAAGAAAAACAACUGCUUCACUUUCAUCUACGGAAACUGCAACAGCAACCUGAACCACUUUGAGACCUAUGAAAACUGCAUGCUGACUUGCAUGAACGGGCCGAUCAACGUCUGCAACUUGCCAGCCCUCCAAGGCCUCUGCAAAGCCUAUGAGCCCCGGUGGGCGUACAACAGCUUGACGAAACAAUGCCAGUCUUUCAUAUACGGAGGCUGCGGGGGCAACGAGAAUAACUUUGAGAGCAGGGAGGCCUGCGAAGAGAUGUGCCCUUUCCCUAGGGACAUGCACUGCAAAGCCUGCAAGGCUUGCAAGCCGCGCCAAAAGCUGGUGACGAGCUUCUGCAAAAGCGAUUUCGUUAUUCUUGGCCACGUCACCGAACUGACGGAGGACCAGGACUCGGGACACGCGCUGGUGACCGUGGAGGAGAUUUUAAAGGACGAGAAAAUGGGGCUGAAAUUCUUGGGGAGGGAGCCUCUGGAAAUCACCCUUUUAAACAUGAACUGGAACUGCCCGUGCCCCAACAUAACUGCAGCGGGGGGUCAGCUCAUCAUCAUGGGCGACGUCCACAACGGAAUGGCUGUUUUGCAGCCAGACAGCUUUGUGGGAGCCUCCAGCAUCCGGCGUGUUCGGAAGCUUCGUGAGGUCACCCACAAGAAAACCUGUGAGCUAUUAAAAGAGUUCUCAGGACUGCACUAAUACCCUGCUUCUAUCUUGCCAGCUUUCCAGAUUCCUGUAUUAUAUAGCGCUAACAAAAAAGGUAGGCUAGCCUGGAAACUUUUUUUUUUUUUAAAGAAAAUAUCUCUGCUGAUUGCUGUUAUGUAUUACACAGAAGCUGUAUAUUAAUUCAUUAAUCGUGUGUAGUAAUGAGGCAGUAGCCUUUUUUGUGGGGGAGGAGGCAAGCACUUAAAAUAGCAGCAAGCCACUAUUAGUAGAUUUGAAAAUGUAUCUGUCUGGAAACGACCCCCCGGCAAUCAUCGCACAACCAACGCAGCUUUAACCGCGAAAGACCAAAUCUGUUUGGUUCAGACCUAAAUCAACCUAACGAUCAUUGUUCUCGCCUGGAGUACAGAGACGUGUGUGGAAACCAGCUGAAAUGUAUCACAAACAUUUAAGUAGGCUGUAAGAGAGAGAAAGAAGUGUACAUUAUUGUCUAUAGUUAUGAUAAUUAUACCAGU